AUGCUGGGCGGCGGCCGCGCCGGCCUGGGCCGCCUGCGGAUCUGCGCCGGGCGGUUGUGGCGGGGCCGGCGGAGGGCGGCGGCCAUGGCCGGCGGCGACAUGGGGCAGCGCAUGGUCUGGGUGGACCUGGAGAUGACGGGCCUGGACGUGGAGAAGGACCAGAUCCUGGAGAUGGCGUGUCUGAUCACCGACUGCGACCUCAACGUGCUGGCCGAGGGCCCCAACCUGAUCAUCAACCAGCCCGACGAGCUGCUGGAGAGCAUGUCCGAGUGGUGCAAGGAGCAUCACGGGAAGUCUGGCCUUACCAAGGCGGUGAAGGAGAGUAAAAUCUCGCUGCAGCAGGCGGAGUACGAGUUCCUGUCCUUCGUGCGGCAGCAGACACCCCCGGGGCUCUGUCCUCUCGCAGGUAACUCUGUUCAUGCAGAUAAGAAAUUCCUUGACAAAUACAUGCCACAGUUCAUGAGGCACCUUCAUUACAGGAUCAUUGAUGUGAGCACUGUCAAGGAGCUUUGCAGGCGCUGGUAUCCAGAGGAAUACGAGUUUGCACCAAAGAAGGCGGCUUCUCACAGAGCACUUGAUGACAUCAGGGAAAGCAUCAAAGAACUCCAGUUCUACAGAGACCACAUCUUCAAGAGGAAAACGGAUGAGAAAAAAAGGAAACUGAUUGAGAACGGGGAAAGCGACAAAGCUGCCAGCUGAUUUCCCCUCCCGCCACAGCAGCCCCUAGCACACACUAGAUGCGUCUCCCGGUUUUCUUUUGUUUGCCGGUCUCUUGGGAAGCUGCCCCCUGGGUUACCUUGUUUCUUACCAGCUGUUCAGUGCAGACAGAAGCCUGAGUUGCUGCUGCUUUUCAGUUUGAGCGGGGAAUGGGCACGCUGGGCCUCGGCGGCGCCGGGCUCGGCUGUCCAGGUAAAACACGCUGUUUGAUACUCCUUGCACCUGCUUUUGGGUGCAGUCUUUCACGGCUCAAUAAAACAGGUCAGUUGAAA